CUGACGGAGAAAUUCUGUUGUCAGUUCCCGCGUAAAAUCAGUUAACAGCUAGGUAAUGACACUUAUCAAGUAAACGCGAUUAUGAUUAAUUCAGUUUGGCUUUGUUGCACGGGGCUCUCUUAAUCCGGCCAUUAAUCCACUCAUCGUCUUAAUUAUAAUCCAUCUUCUUCCUUCCUCCCUUCAAUCAUCUUCGCCGUCUGCAAUUUCAGCUCCGGCUAUUGCAACCCUUCACCCGGAUUUGCAUUAGCCGCAGAGUUGCCAUCACCAACAAAACAGAGGAGAAAAGCGUCAAAUUCGUCAAACCAUGGACCGCGAACACAACAAUGUCCCGCGCCCAAACAGCCACCACUCCACGGCCAGCGCUGACGACAACAGCAAUCGCCAUCGCCAUCGCCAUGCCGUCACCAGCAGUGACGUGGAGGGUUCAGUCAUCAGCAGCUCCGCCGACUCUUCUUCCCCACCCCGACCGCCGACGCCCACCUCCCCCACCGCCGGCUGUGCAGUACCCGGCUACGACCCCAAUCGGAUCCCGUCCGGCGUGUUCGCGUCCAAGUCGGGGAACGGGAUCGACUGGAGCACGGCGUCGAACGAGUCCCUGUUCAGCAUCUACAUGGGCAACAACAGCUUCUCCAGGGACCAAAUUGCAAUGAUGUAUAAAUCCGGGGAGCUCCCCAUGCUCGAUCAAGAUUAUUACGCCGCCCUUCCCCCAACGCCGGCGGCCAGGACAACGAACAACCAACCACCUUCUUCCCCCUCCGCCGCCACAUGGCAGCCUCCCCUGCCUCCUCCUGCCAAUCAGCCCAUCAACAAUAUCAAUAUCAUCAACAUUCACGUCCCAGCUAAUCCUCCGCCGAGUAACAAUAUCACCAUUAACGUCCCUCCGGAGGUACAGCUCCCUCCUCCUCCACCCGCCGCUGCCGCCGCCCCAGUUGCCAGCACGCAGUCAGCUGCCUGUUCCCUUAAUCGGAAUUCCACCUCCAGCAGCAGCAAUAAUCGGAACUCGACCAGCAGCACCAAAUCUUUCCAGUUCCCAAUAUUGCAGAACGAACAGAUGGGAAGAAACAGUACAAGGAAAGUGGAAGCAGAGCAGAAGGCUGCAGGGGAGAAGAAGGCAGCGGUGGCGGAGGAGCCAAAUGAAGCGGAGACUCAUCAGAAUGAAAAACAGUCGGAGCAACAACAACUACAACAGCCGGAGCAGCAGCAAGUGCAGACGACGACAGAAGAACCUCAACCCACGUUGUGCACUAAGGUCACAGCGGCGGCAAGGAGCUGGCUGUCUUGCUUGCCCUGUUUCUCCAGGUCUUCCUCAUCAUGAUUUCAUAAACUUAGAAUUUUGGAGAGUUCAUUUCUGACCCUGUUUCAGACUUCAUAUGUUGUACCAAACAGCCUAUAGAUGUGUUUUUUUAAACCUCGUUGAUGUGUUCUUUCACUAACAAAAGAAUUUGAGUGUAAAUCUAAUGACUUUGUGUACCAAACUGUCUCCAGUUUGUGAUUAUGUUCAACGACUAUCAUCGUGCAUACUACUUAGUACAAUUAAUCAACAUGCUUUGCCUG